GAGCACCGUGUGGAGCACGGACUGGACUUUGAAUAACACCCCAUAACUCGGGGACCCGUACCUGGGUUUGCCUGAGGCCCCUAAAUCCGCCGCUGGCUGCAAGGCUCUUCAUUUCACCGCCACACUGAUUCUCACAAUCCUCUUACAACCUCCGUUUCUCAUCUAGAAAGGCACGAUAUGUGAGCGGUGUUUGUAGUUCUUGGACAGGAAGUAGCCUACAGAUCCCGACGAGCAUUUCGCCUAUUGCCAUAGCAGCGGGAAGUUGGUUUGUGUCCGCCAUCAUGGACAGCUACAGUCGAGUCUUCGCUGCGGUUUUACCGGCUGCUGGUCGGGAGUUAGCCGGUAAUGAGAACGAGCAGGAGGUCGAUGUGCGAGCAGUGAGCCGUCCCAGUAACCGGGCCAGUAACCGGGCCAGGGAGCUCCAGGUGUCGGGAGCAGCGGAGGUCUGCUGCCCGGCGGACCGAGUGUCGGUCCGGGUCGGAAUGUGCAACAGCAAAGACUCAGUCAACGAGGUGACCAACAGCGUUUCACGGCGACUUGAAUACAUUUUACAAACUGUCAGACAACAUGGUGUCAGUGAGACAGACGCCUCCGUGAGGAGGUUUCUCCACCGAGAGGCAGACCAGUAUCGCAUGGAUGCAGAGGUCGUGGUCACUUUCUCAGACUUUGAGAAGAUGGAGCGAGUGUGUAGCAUCCUGCUGGAGAAGCUGGACAAGAGUGUUUGUGUGGGAGCACCGCAGUUCUACCACAGUGAUGAAUGCCUGAGUCAAAUGAGGCGGCGUGCGUGCGUCUCGGCAGUUGAAAAUGCCCAGCAGAAGGCCUGCGAAGUCAGUCAGCUCCUGGGGCAAACUCUGGGACCCCCGCUGCUGGUCAGAGAGGAGGAGACAAGGGAGUGGAGGAAUGACGAUGAGGAGGGUGGAGGCAGAAGCCAGGGUGUCGCAUCCCUUCCUCACCUUCCCUGCACCCCCACAAUCACUGCCUCCUCACGGGUGUCCGUGUCCUUCAGCCUCAGAGACAGAAGCAGGAAAAAACUCUGAGGACAUUUGUCACGGACUCAUGAAACCAAAGAGCAGGUUGUCACAGUUUGAAGGAUUUUUAUUGCUUAGUUGUAAAGGCUGAAUAAAAGUGCAGUUUUUCAA